AUGCCUGAAUCAGAUUCCCAUUCAUUGGGGUCCAAUGAGAUCAAGCAAGAUCAAACAUCGUUAUAUGACCAUGAACAAGAGCAUGGAUCACCACUUGUUGAAAUUCCCAAAAAACCAGCCUCAGCAUAUGUUGCUGUUUUCAUUAUGUGUUUAAUGGUUGCAUUUGGUGGAUUUAUUCUUGGUUGGGAUACCGGUACCAUUGGUGGGUUUAUGGCACAAACUGAUUUUAUUCGUCGGUUUGGUAGUAAACAUCGUGAUGGUAGUCAUUAUUUAUCUAAAGUUAGAAUUGGAUUAUUAGUUUCCAUUUUCAAUAUUGGUUGUGCCAUUGGAUCAGUAUUUUUAGGUCGUUUAGGUGAUACCAUUGGUCGUAGAAAGGGUAUUGUUGUUGCUGUUUCCAUUUAUAUGGUUGGUAUUGUUAUUCAAAUUGCGUCAGUUAAGAAAUGGUUCCAAUAUCUUAUUGGUAGAAUUAUUUCUGGGCUUGGUGCUGGUUGUAUUGCUGUUUUAUCGCCAAUGUUAAUUUCUGAAGUAUCUCCAAAACAUUUAAGAGGUACUUUAGUUUCAUGUUAUCAAUUGAUGGUUACGUUUGGUAUCUUUUUAGGUUAUUGUACUAAUUAUGGUACUAAGAAACAUUCCAAUUCAGUUCAAUGGAGAGUUCCAUUGGGGUUAUGUUUUGCUUGGGCAUUAUUUAUGCUUGGUGCUAUGUUUUUGGUUCCAGAAUCUCCUCAUUAUUUAGUGAAGAAUGGAUUAAUCGAAGAAGCUAAAAGAUCUGUUGCUAAAUCAAACAAGGUUACAAUUGAUGAUCCAGCUGUCAUUCAAGAAGUUGAAAUGGUUCAAAUUGCUGUAGAGGCAGAACAUGCAGGUGGCCCAUCACGUUGGAUGGAAUUAUUUGAAACUAAGAAUAAGAUUUUCCAACGUGUAGUUGUUGGUGUUGUUUUAUUGGGAUUACAACAAUUAACUGGUGUUAAUUAUUUCUUUUAUUAUGGUACUAUUGUUUUCAAAGCAGUUGGUUUAGAGGAUUCUUUCCAAACGUCUAUUGUUUUCGGUAUUGUGAAUUUUGCCUCUACAUUUGUUGCUUUGUAUGUUGUUGAUAAAUAUGGUCGUCGUACUUGUUUAUUAUGGGGUGCUGCUGGUAUGGUUUGUUGUAUGGUUGUGUUUGCAUCAGUUGGUGUUACAAGAUUAUGGCCUCAUGGUAAAGGGAAUGGAUCAUCCAAAGGUGCUGGUAACUGUAUGAUCGUUUUCUCCUGUUUCUUUAUUUUCUGUUUUGCUACUACCUGGGCUCCAAUUCCAUUCGUUAUUAUCUCUGAAUCUUUCCCAUUGAGAGUUAAGGCCAAGGGUAUGGCGUUAGGUACAGUUUCUAAUCAAAUGUGGAAUUUCUGUAUUGGGUUCUUCACACCUUUCAUUACUGGUGCAAUUAAUUUCUAUUACGGUUAUGUUUUCUUAGGCUGUCUUGUAUUUUCAUGGUUUUAUGUUUUCAUUUUCGUUCCAGAAACCAAAGGUUUACAAUUGGAUGACAUCAAUGUUAUGUGGGAGGAAGGUGUUUUAUCAUGGAAAUCUGCAUCUUGGGUUCCACCAUCUCAAAGAGGAGAUACGUAUGAUGCAGAUGCUUUAGCUACUGAUGACAAGCCACUUUAUAAGAGAAUGUUAGGAAGAGGUUAA